UUGGACUAGUAUUCUAGUCUCUAGAAAUGGUAUUGUGCAACUAUAUAUAAGCGUGUAAUACCUUUUUUUUCGCCGGAGAUCAGAAGAAAAUGAGUGCGAACCAGAGAGUGAGGCUGAGCACGUCCAUUAGCGGUGGUUCCGGUUCACACGAAUCGGAUUUUUUUAACGAGAGAGUGCUUCUGUUAGUUAUGGAAUCGAUGAAAUGGGACGUUCAGGUGCUUUGCCGGACGGCGUCAGUGUGCCGGAGACUCCGCGCCAUGGCGAAGCGGUUGUUAUGGCGGGAGCUCUGUUUGUUCCGUGCGCCGAGGAUAACAGAGACACUAUCGAACGGUGUUCACAGUAGCCGGAUGGGCGGCGGUUGGCCGGCGUUAGCUAAGCUGCUGUUUUUUUGCGGCGAUUGCGAACCUAGUCGGAAUUUUGUAUUGAGCCGGCCAAAACCGGGGCACUUUGUUACAGAGACCCGGUUCUCGAAGACGUCCGGUCGGAGCUUCUUGAUGAAACGGUGUCGUGGGGACUUGUUGUUUGUGAGCGACCCCUGUGAACACCGGGUUGGUGAUCGAGAAGAUGACUUAGGUGUUUUCCGAGGGGUAUUCCGGGGAUUUCGCGAGUCGAGGACACGUGCUUGUUUGAUAGCGAGACAGGCGGCGUUAGAGGAGCGGGAGAGGUGCCCUUAUUGCGGGGCCCGUGUUUGGAGUAUGACCACUGCCGGCUUAGUUCCUAGGAAUGCGGCUAAGCGGCUCGGCUCACACGACGGCGCACUGGAGUAUUUUGUGUGCGUGAACGGACACCUUCAUGGCACGUGCUGGUUAGCUCCGUUGUCAUCAGAUGAAGGAGUGAACGGUGAGGAUGAAGAAGAGUAUGCAAUGGACGGUAGUGAUGGGACCGGAAAUAGCUCAGGUGGGGUCACGGACGGAUAUUAUUAUGAUGAUCCAACGGUCAACACAAAUGGUUUCGGAGAUGAUGGUUUUAUUUGAUGGCAUCUGUUGACUUGGUCUACGCUAUCAUUUCAUCGUCGAUCUUUUACUCUCCAGAGCUGAACUUUUCUGUUCCAGAUCGAUCUAUGACCUUUACAGCAUAUGAUGUAAAGUGACUUUUGUAUUGUUGCUCUGAUUUAGCAACAAUUUCCCCUGGAAGAGGAAAUUCAACAAAAUUUUGAUCGGCGAGUCCAAUUAUUGUUAGGUUUACUCGUAUUGUAUUAUUUGGUUGUAGUACCAAUUUUGUGGUAGAAAGUUGUAGUUUGGGUUGUGUUAUUAUGAGGUUGAGACCAGGGAAUGUGAUGCACCCAAUUGCUUUAGUUGUUCUACUUUUUGUAUCAUUCCACUUUUCCCAUUUGUUUAGUUGGCCCUUAUUUUAUGCUUCCGUUGGUUU